CCCAGUCUGCGCCGCUGCGCCGCUCCGGAGCUGCCUUCUGUCACCGCGAGCCCGGGCGCGGGGAGGGAGCCGGCCCGUGGGCGGCGAGGAGCGCGGGAGCCCGGAGCUAGGGGCUUCCGCACCGGCCACCCGGGACCAGCGCGCGGGGCUGGGAAACUUCUGCGGGCACGGGCACGAGGCGGGAGCUCUGAGCAAGGCCGGGGAAGAAAAGGAAACCACAAAAUAUUAGUGGACUACAUUUAAAUCAGGAGCCCAGAUGAACUUACAGAAGCAGCAUGGGAUUCUUAGUUUUCCAAGAUCCGUACACUCCACACCCUUAAUCACCACAACUCGUGUCCAGGCUUUCUCUGGUUUGGGGUGGAUUUAGCAAAACUUGGAUGAUGGAGAAGCAAAGGACUUAAUUACUCACUUCGAUAUCAUCUAACAUCAACGGGAAAGUGAACCAGACAAUAAUACAGCCAUGGAAAGAAAUUUAACUUUAUGGAAGAACCUGAUCGAUGAACACCCCGUCUGCACAACCUGGAAGCAAGAGGCUGAAGGAGCCAUUUAUCACCUUGCCAGUAUUUUAUUUGUAGUAGGUUUCAUGGGUGGCAGUGGAUUCUUCGGACAACUUUAUGUCUUCAGUUUGCUGGGGUUGGGUUUUCUCUGCUCUGCUGUCUGGGCUUGGGUAGAUAUCUGUGCAGCUGACAUCUUUUCCUGGAACUUUGUACUCUUUAUUAUCUGCUUCAUGCAAUUUGUUCAUAUUGCAUACCAAGUGCACAGCAUAACCUUUGCCCGAGAAUUCCAGCUGUUGUAUAGCUCCCUUUUCCAGCCUCUGGGGAUCUCUUUGCCUGUCUUCAGAACGAUUGCUCUGAGCUCUGAAGUGGUCACUUUGGAAAAGGAGCACUGUUAUGCCAUGCAGGGGAAAACUUCCAUUGAUAAACUCUCUCUGCUUAUCUCAGGAAGGAUCAGAGUGACAGUGGAUGGCGAGUUUCUGCAUUACAUUUUCCCCUUCCAGUUCCUGGAUUCUCCUGAAUGGGACUCACUGAGACCCACGGAGGAAGGCACUUUUCAGGUAACCCUCACAGCAGAAACUGAUUGCCGGUAUGUGUCUUGGAGGAGAAAGAAAUUGUAUUUGCUCUUCGCUCAGCAUCGUUACAUCUCCCGCCUGUUUUCAGUUUUAAUUGGCAGUGACAUUGCAGAUAAACUCUAUGCCUUGAACGACAGGGUGUACAUAGGAAAAAGAUACCACUACGAUAUUCGGUUACCCAACUUCUAUCAACUUGCAAGUCCUGAAAAGCCCAGGUCACCCCUGAUAAGACAUUUUCAGAAUUCCAAAAAAUAUUGUGAUAAAUGACAUCAAAGUCUGAAGUUUUAUAAUUAUAAAAAAAGACUCUCUUCAUCCUUCCCCAAAAUUAAAUAGCAAAAUAAAGAAAAUUGAGUUCACUCAUAUUUUUAUACAUCAAACUGAGAGGCAAGACACCAUUGCCCACUGUUUUAUUCAUCUCCACUUCUGCAUUGUGAAUAAAUUUUGCCAAUUUUUCUGUAUUUCUCAUUUGGCUAAAUGGGGGGAGGAUGAAUAUGGGCAGUUUGUCCUUUUCUGCAUCAGAACUGGGAGAAUGAAAUGGUGCAUUCUCAGCUAUUUCCUCAGAUUUAUUCAAAUCUGUUCUCUUGCCCCAUUAAGUUAGCUGUUGCUUCUCUAGAAGCAGCCAGUGAGCACUCUCAGCAGGAGAGUGGACUGAUGUGGCAACACAUCCGCGUUUCCAGAAUUCACCUUCUGCUACAGCCUCUGAUGAAAGCAAGAUGGGUUGUUGUGGUGGGUUGCAACUAUUUAUUUAAAUGUGAAGUUACUUAAUGUGACUAGAAAGCAGAAUAAACGUGAGAUGAUAA